UGAACAAAAAAUGUUAGUCAGUCAAGUGCCAGAGCAAAACCUCCGUCUUCUCCGAAACAGACCAAACCCUAAAAUUGAAGACGAUGGUGUGCAUAAGGAAAGCAACAAUAGAUGACCUACUGGCGAUGCAGGCAUGUAACCUGCUAUGCCUACCGGAGAACUACCAGAUGAAAUAUUAUUUCUAUCACAUCCUUUCCUGGCCACAGCUUCUCUAUGUCGCUGAAGAUUACAACGGACGCAUCGUCGGUUAUGUGUUGGCUAAGAUGGAAGAGGAGUCAAAUGAAUGCCACGGCCACAUCACCUCUCUCGCUGUCCUCCGUACUCAUCGUAAGUUGGGCCUCGCUACUAAGCUCAUGAGCGCUGCCCAAACUGCCAUGGAACAGGUGUUUGGUGCCGAAUAUGUCUCAUUGCACGUGAGGAAGAGUAAUAGGGCAGCAUUCAAUCUGUACACAGAAACAUUGGGCUAUAAGAUUCAUGAUGUGGAGGCGAAGUAUUAUGCUGAUGGAGAGGAUGCAUAUGAUAUGCGGAAGCAGCUUAAGGGGAAACAGAUUCAUCACCAUGGGCAUCACCAUCAUCACCAUCACCAUCAUCAUCAUGGUGGUGGGUGUUGUGCAGCUGACAUCAAGUCUGUGGAAGCAAGACCAGACUCGAAAUCAGAGGCAAAAGCUAGUGCGAAAUCAGAACCAAAAGCAGGAUAAUGGUGAGAUUUCAACCAAUAUUUGGAGAACUCGGCCAUGCUCUUUUGUUAUAUGAUUCUGAAAUACUGCUAGCUUGUAUUGAGUAAUGUAGUUUGUUUUUGGUGGUAAAGACAGGGAGUUGCAUGAUUAUUACUGCCAUUACUAUUCUCAUAUAUUAUGAUGAGCAUUGUUGUGUCAUGGUUGCUGCAAAACUUUUUUUUAGGACACUUCUUCAGUGCCAAUAUUUUCUUUUUGGUCA